AUCACCUGUUUGUAUGUGUUUCCCUAAACACUAGAGAUUUAGGUACAUCCAGAGAAGGAACAACCACAUUAUCCAGUGGAGUAGAAAACAAACAUGAGAAGAGUUUAAAGCCUAACAGUGCUUUCAGCACAGGAUGUUUCAGGGUGUACUCUGUCAGCAAAUAAUUACCAAGCAGCAGCAGGUUGCCUCUCGUUAUGGGGUUAGUGAUUAAAGUGUUAACCGGAGCCUCCCGUAGGUGCAGCCGUGACUCAGGGCGCACUCCCACAGCUGCGGGGAGGAAGGAAAGUGGGAAGGUGAACACUCCCAACAUGCACUGAGGUGUGGGGAGUGUCCUGGCUUUCCAGCACUCCCAGUUUGGUGAGCAAAACAGUAAUUAGCAGAUCCGUGAGUUCCAUGGGGAAACAGAGGUAGCUGUCAGCUCGAGCCAUGCUGUCAUGCUUCUUCCAAGCUGCAGGUAACAGCUCAUUGGGUUGUGCGACAGGAAAAGGGGAGAUGUUGGUUGCUUCCUUCACUGAAUGAACUUGAGUUUGGUCUCGCUGUCAGUGCUCGAAGGGCAACCAGCAGAUUUAAGUUUCAUCUCUUCUGAAUAAAUGAAGAAAGUGACUAUGAAAGCACAGCAUCUUCCUUCUGUUGCCAUCAAUGAGGAGAAAUUUAUAACCAGAGAGCAGCUCCAUUCUCUUCUGAAGACCUAUAACUCUUAUUAUUCUGAUCAAGAAAAUCUGCAACUGUCAUAUGAUCAGCGAGAAGGAAAUAAACCAUUUAUUGAAGGAAUCUUAUCAAUCUUUUGGGGAGUUCGACAUCCUAUCCGCUUAAAAAUUCAGGAUGAGAAGCAGAUACCCUCUUUUGUAACCUUGAAGUCAACAGAGAAUGUGGGCUUGUUCCCCAGUAAAAGGGGAAUGACACGAUGGGGAGAAUUUGACGAUCUGCAUCAUAUUAGCGGGGAGACAUUGAAAUCUACUGAAGAGGAGCUGAACUCUGAGAAAAGUUAUUCAUAUUACGAAAGCAGCACUCUGAAGUCCAAGAGCAAGCAGGAACAUGACUGUGCUACUCUGCCCAGGGCGGUCAGUACUGCUGCAGCUGUAAGGAAGAGGACCAAGUUCCCCAUGAUCGCAAGAACAGAAGAAGAAACUCACAGAUUUUCUAUUAAUGGCCAUUUCUACAACUAUGAGACAUCGGUUUUCACUCCAGCUUCUGGAUCAGAAACCAAAAUAAGAAUUAACAGCCACAUGAGAACAAGAGAAGUAAUAGAACAACUGCUUCGAAAGUUCAAGAUAGAAAACAGUCCCCAUGAAUUUGCACUUUAUAUAAUCCAUGUGUCCGGAGAAAAGAAGCAGCUGAGAAGUGGAGACAUUCCCUUACUGCACAGACUCCUGCAGGGGCCAUCAGAGAAGGCUGUCAAGUUUUUUCUCAUGGACAGGGAUGUGGAAGAGGUCAGCAGCGAUGUUGCUCAAUAUAUUCAAUUUCAUCUUCCCUUUUUGGAAUCAAUUCUGCACAGGUUAAACAAAGAAGAGGAACAGGAGAUUCAACAGACAAUUGCAAAAUACCAUAAAGAGAAGCGUAUGAUAUGCCAGCACCUUCAAAAUCGGACUUCUAAAAAAACAGAGACUACUGUUUGAUGUGAAUGGCAUAUUGCAACUAUCACCCACUGCCUUUGGCAAAGGAAAGUCUGUUUUCUUGAAUGUGCCAUCACUGGGGAGCACUUAGAGCACAAGGGUGUGCAAAGUGCUUCUUUUGAUAAUUAUGCAGCUGAAACUGCAUAUGCUCCACUAUGGCUCUGGAAUACAAGUUGGGGACCACCUAAGAAGAUGGACUAUAUCAUCCAAAGAACGAAGUCUGAAUCUAACUUGAAACUUCAGAUUGGGAAAAAUCCUGUGCUGAAAAGUACUAGGCUUUAAAGUCUUCUAUAUUCCAAACCAUUACCAAGAGUCUAGUAUAUAGGCAAAAUGUUGCAAUAACCAGUGUGCUAGUUGUGCCAAAAAUAAGAAAAGAAUGUAUAUGACUUUUCUUCUAUUAGAAAAAAAAAAAAAAAAGAUAAAUUUUGUUAGGAGGAAGCUUUUCUGUAGAGUUAAGUGGCAAAAGGUAUUUACAUAUCUAAGAUUGCAGUUAGGCAUUUCACAUAGCUUACAAAAACACCUAUACAAGAGAGACCUGAAAGCCCAGUGGUUUUCAAUUGGUAGGUACCUAACUAGUCUAAGCUUUAACUCAACGUCUGAAAAGUAUAAAUCGAAGUUCACCAUCUUCAUGGCUACUCUGCUCUUAAAGUAUGAGCAAAGAUAUCUCUGACAUGCAUUUUAAGCUCCAGAGAGUUCCCACUAAGUAUUAUGGCAUUUGCUUGACUGAGUGCUAGAAGGCACCCCAUGCCUUUUUUCAUUGAGACAGAUUAUUCCAUAUUACUUCCUGUGUUUUCUUCUUGGAGAAGGAAAGGAGAAGUGUUUAGUGAGAGGCUGACAUCACAGCUCUUAUAGCAUGGGGUUGGCAUCCUUCUGCAGAUGAAGUUUUUGGGCAGUCUGACACUUGCACAGCAUACAUUCCCCUGUCAGGUCCUGUGUGGUUCAGUCAUGCUGAGUAGUAAAGCUCAAAUUGUAGAGAUGUAAAUAAAAUGUGCACAAUUAAGUGCCCUCCUGCAGUACCUUGUCUUUAAAUGUGAUGUCUGUGUUUUGUACCAGCUGCGUUUGGUUUCUGCAGAUAAUAGGAUAUACAUGCUGAGAGGGAGGGAAUUGGUGUACAGAAAAUGAUGUCUAGAAAUCGCGUGGAAUAAAUCAAGUGCGAAAAGCUGUACUCCCUGUGAGGUGAUGUUACUUGGAUGGUAACUCAAAAAUGAGAAGUCAUUGUGCUAAUUAAACUAUUGUGCUUGGGGCAGGUGCUUAUUUCAAUAUGCAGUCUAUUAUAAUCCUACACAGGAAAUUGUUAUGGGUAUGGGAACACAGAGGGGAGAAAUAAAAACAAUUCAGUAGUCAAGUAAGAUGCAUGGCAAUUGUAACAGUUGCCUUGGGUAUGCCAAUGUCAGUUUGUUGAAACAACAGAAUUAUGCACACAAGCAUCAUUGAAAUUUCACAGGUGAACCAUUCAAAUAUUGAUUAUUGAAGCGUUUAGGAUAUAGGAAACUCGACAUAAAACAUCACAGGUUGGACUUGUAGGGUCAAAUUUCAGUGAAGUCUAAGUUAGCCUACAGUUAUGUCUUCUUGUCCAAAACCAAGUAGAUGUCAGCUUAAACCAAAUCAAGCACUGUCAUUUUUUGUUCACCUGCAGACAGGUAUGUUUUGGCACCAACUGACCAUAGUGAGACACUAGAAACUACGCUAAAGUAUGAGAACAUACCCCUUGGCCUGAAUUUCUUGCUUUGUUCUGCCUAAAUUACUCUAAGGAGCAAAGAGCAGGUCUGAAACACGGAGCAAUAUGCAGAGAACUCAAACUUAAGAGCAGGGAGAAAAUCUAGCCUGCAUUCAAAAUACUGCAAGUGCUGCAUCUGCUCAUUGUUUUAACCAGAAGAAAGUAUUCAAGUUUUAUUUUUAAUGUAGCUAGCCUAUUUCUGUUGUGCUUCAUUUGGUAAAUGCUUGUGGUUGUAUGAAUGUGCAGUAUGAGAGCAGUGGAGCAUGAUAUGGUUGUAAUUCUUUGCUCUGAGAUCUGAAAAGCUAGAGACAGUGUCAGUGCACUGACCAUGUGGAAAAGCAUUUGCAAAGCAGAUUAUCCAAUCCUGUAAGUCCCUGAGUUGAAUCAUUUUUUGCCAUCAUCUGAUAUUAAAUACUCAGAUCUCACUGAGUUCACUUGUCUUGCUGAACUGGGACUAAAUGGUACUGAAAAACUAACAAUGGAGCCUGGCACAAGUACAAAUGUAGGUUGCUGGGUUUAAAGCACUAGUGAAAUAAAGCUGCUGUGUUA